GUCACAAGCUGAGCUGGAGUUUCAUUAUAAAGUAAUACAUGACGGCCGAAGUUGUCAGAUGCUGCUUGUCCCUCCCUUACUCUACCCGUCAUUGCUUGGAUUGUAUUCAUUGACGGCCUAUAUCGCAAAUGUCGGUGACUAGCUCAUCGUCCUCCCGGUCUAUGUCUCCGUGGAGGUUCUCUUCGGGCCCGUCUUCCCGUGCUCCAUCUCCUCGCGUUCCAUCUCCUCCUUCGCCGCCCUCUCCUUUGAGUCCGUUACGUCUGCCGCCGCCGCCAACGAGGGAACUGCCUCCGCGACACCCGGUGUUUUACCUGGAGGAUAACUUAGCCAUAUUUGAGGUUGGUGCCACUGACACCUUAUGGGCACAACGUCUCGAGCUAGUCAUGCCUUGUGAAUUGCGCAGGUGGACGGUGCCCUAUUCAAGGUCCAUCGUUAUUUCUUAGCUCGAGAGUCGGAUUUCCUACGCGCCAUGUUUCAAUUGCCCUCUGGCGAGGCUGCCGCAGAGGGCCAGACUGACGACACGGCGAUCCCACUGCAUGAUGUCACUCGGCGCGAGUUUGAAAGCCUACUAGCAUUCUUGUAUAACAGGUGAGUGGAAGUGCACUUCUUCACUUCGCUCCAACGUCUCAUUGUAGCCGCACAGCAUGCACGAAGACGGAAAGCUUACCCU